AUGACUGGAACUGUAACACCUAUUAAGAUCACUACCAAGGAAGUCGCCAAUGAUUUCUUAAACCGUUAUGACACUUUCUUAUUUGAUUGUGAUGGUGUAUUAUGGUUAGGUAACAUUUUGUUACCUCACACCAAGGAGUUUUUAGAUACUUUAACAUCUUUAGGUAAAAAAGCUAUUUUUGUCACUAAUAACUCUACUAAAUCACGUUUGUCAUAUACUAAGAAAUUUGCAUCAUUUGGUAUCACUGUGAAAGAAGAACAAAUUUUCACUUCUGGUUAUGCUUCUGCCAUUUAUGUUCGUGAUUUCUUAAAAUUACAACCUGGUAAAGAUAAAGUUUGGGUCUUUGGUGAAUCAGGUAUUUCUGAGGAAUUAAAUAAGAUGGGUUAUGAAGCUUUAGGUGGUGACGAUCCAAGACUUCAAACUCCAUUUGAUGCCUCUACAUCUCCUUUCUUGGUCAAUGGAUUAGAUGAAGAUGUUCGUGCUGUUAUCGCUGGUCUUGAUCAUGAUAUCACUUAUCACAAGCUAGCUGUCACUUUGCAAUAUUUACAACAAGAGGAUAAGGUACAUUUCGUUGGUACUAAUGUCGAUUCUACUUUCCCUCAAAAGGGUCAUACUUUCCCAGGUGCUGGUUCAAUGGUCGAGUCUAUUGCUUUCUCUGCUGGUAGAAGACCAGCUUACUGUGGUAAACCUAACAUGAACAUGUUGAACACCAUUGUUUCUGCUUUCAAUUUGGAUAAAUCCAAAUGUUGUAUGGUCGGUGAUCGUUUAAACACUGAUAUGAAAUUUGGUGUUGAAGGUAAAUUGGGAGGUACUCUAUUGGUUCUAAGUGGUAUCGAAACUGAAGAAAGAGCUCUUGAAGUAUCUGAAGAACAUGUCAAUCCAAAGUUUUUCGCUGAAAAAUUGGGUGAUAUAUACGAAUUGACACAACAAUAA